UUACAGAUCUUGACUCUGACUAAAUCUAGAAUCUUUGAAUCUAGAUUAUCUAGACUCUAGAUAGAUCUAGAUCUAUUCUAGAUAAAUUUGUAUCUAGAUCUAGACUAUUAAUUAAAUAGUUAACGUUGUCUAGAAAUAGAUCUAGUAAUCUAGUUUGUUUCUGUGAACAAAGUUUCUAAGAUUAUAAGAUAGUGACAUGACACGACAUAGUCAUAGUCAUAGGGAUGAUACUGAUAGUGUAAUAUUAGUAGUUAGUGUGUCUAUAGAAUGGCAUUAAUGAUUGGAAGCUUGCUGUAAAAUCAUACACAGUCAUUCAUAUGAUAUCUUACUCAUAACUUAUAAGCAAUGCCUUAUCAUAAAGUGAAAGGCAAUAAUUAUUCAAAGACUGUCAUUCUAGAUGAGUCUUCUACUUAUGAAAGAAAAGGGUUAAGUAAAAAAUGCAUCUUUGAAGAAGUUUUCAAUGACUCAAGAAAAGGUUCACCGUUUGGAACAAGCAACAGCGACUCUUCACACAUUAUUGAACAAGAAUGUCAAGAAAGCAAUGAAACCUAUACAAAUCCUGGUAGAAGAAAAAAGUUGAAAAGUAAUUGUUCAAGUAACUCAGAAUUGCAUAUGAGUGACCACCAAGUGAUUACUGAUGAUAGCCAUGAAAAAUUUUCUUUAUUCACUGAGUUUACUAUUGAAAAAAGAAAGACUCGGGCUCCUCUCAAAGAUGUUAACAGCAAGACGUUAAAAAAACGUGAAACAAAAAAAAAAACAGCUCAAAAAGAGAAACGUAAAAAUGCAUCUUUAUCAGAUGUGAACAUUGAUAUUCCAGAUUUUGAUUCUAUAGAAAAGGAUGAAUUGAUAAUUGACUGUGUGAGCCCAAUGCUCCAGUCAUCUAGCACUCCAGUGCAAAUAAUUACAAGAAAAAGUACGAUAGCCUUCAAUAAUUUAGAUGAAGAAAAUGUCCAGCCAAUAUCUAGUGAUAAAAGUAAUUGUGAAAUAGAUUUAACUGAGUCGUGUAAUUUGGGCACCAAUAACUCAAAGCUCCCUGUAAAUGUUACAUAUAGACAUCCUAAAAACAAUAUCUGUUCACCAGAGCCUACAAAAUUAAUCAGCAAUAGCUCUGACAAAUUAGAUUCUCUCUCAUUUGUGACAGCAGUGGAAGAGAGCAUCUUGGAAGAGUCAUCUGAUGACUUCCAAUAUCAUGUGAAGCUUUUAUCUAAGUCUCUACAUGAGCUUGAAUUAGCCAAAUGUCUGAACAGCACCAUGAACUCCCCUGCCCUGAAGCAGGCAACUGCCAACCCUGUGAAAGGGGAUCAGCUUGAUCUGAGUAACAUUUCUGCUGAUCUUUUUGAGGAGUCAGUUGUGAGAACUGGUUUGACAUUGGAGUGUAUAGAGGAGGAGAUUUCAGAAGUAAGUUUAGAGAAGGUAGAAGAAGUCAGUUUAGAGGAGGUAGAAGAAAGUGAAGUUGAAACUGAAUCAGAAGAAGAGGAAUAUGAGUCAAGCUUACUGAUAGUAAGUGACGAGGAUGAGAGCCUUCAUUGCCGAAGGUCAACAUAUGUUACCUCAAAAUCAUUUUGUGAAAAACUUGCACAUUCUUUGUUGGACACUGCUGUGCCCAUUACAGCAGGAGAGAAAGUCCUUGCUUUGUGUGGGCAAACAGAACCUGUUGGUUUUUAUGAUUGCAUUCCAAGAAGAGUUUUGUCUAAAAGUGUUAAAAUUGGGGAAGGUGUUUAUGGUGAAGUCUUCAAAACAUAUAUAGACAAUGAAUCCAUGGCACUUAAGAUAAUUCCAAUAGAAGGUGAUAUUGUGGUGAAUGAUUGUCCACAAAAAAAGUUUGAAGAAAUUUUGCCAGAAAUUGUCAUUGCUCAAGAACUCAGUAAUCUUGCAUUGAAUGAGUCUAGUAGAACAGUCAACUUCUGUCAAGUCAGAAGGAUAUCCUGUGUCAAAGGAGAGUUUCCCAAAAUUUUGUUGGAUAAAUGGGAUGAAUAUGCCCUGAAGAAGUCAACUGAAAAUGAUCGGCCUGAUAAGUUUACGAGUGAACAGUUGUUCAUUAUGUUUGAGUUCUAUAAUGGUGGGUGUGCUUUGGAAAAAUUUAAGUUUGGCUACCCAUUAGAAAUAUUCAGCACACUCAGACAGGUGGUGUUUGCUCUGGCAGUGGCAGAGGAAAGUUUGGAGUUUGAACAUAGAGAUUUGCAUAUUGGGAACAUUCUAGUCAAGCCAUGUCUUCAAGACACAGUGUCCUUCAAAGUCCUUGGUAUCGAGCACCAGUUCCCAACAGAAUCAGUUAUGGCAACCAUCAUCGACUUCACCAUAUCACGUUUGAAGAAAGAUGGUUGUGCAGUCUUCUGUGAUGUGGCCAGUGAUGAUGGUUUAUUUGAAGGGACAGGAGAUUUUCAGUUUGAUGUCUACAGGGACAUGAAAAAGGAAAAUGGCAAUGACUGGCAAAAGUUCACCCCAAGGACCAAUAUUAUGUGGGUCAACUACCUUUGUCAGAAAUUAAUGAUCACCUUGAAAAAGAGAAAAGAUAACAGCAGGUUGGUUCGUAGCAUGAAGAAAAAGUUGCAGGAUGUUUUGGAUGUUGUACUUCAAUAUGACUCCUGUCUUCAACUGACUUUAGAAACUGAACUCUGGUCAUGACUGCUGGGAAGGUGGGGCACUUUUAACUUCAAGUGAUCAUACAUUUAUAAUAUGGUUAUGUUAUUGUUGUUUUACUAUUGAUUUUCGUUGUACAAGAAAAUAAGCUUCCAUUUCUGGCACAGGAUGCAAGUAUCAAAAUUAAGGAUGAAAAAAUAAACAACUUCUUUUCUCCUGGGCCAAGCCUUUAAAAUAAAAAAUUGUUGAAUUCAAAUUCAUUUAAGAAUAGUAUUAUCUUAACUCCAUUUCUCCAGUAUCUAACUUAUGAAACCAAAAUAGAUUGUGAAAUAUUCAGUAGAGUCUUUAAUAUAAAAUGUAUACAAUUCAUCUGAAGCUGCAUGUUGAAAACUAUACGGAUAGGAUUGUGAACAAUGUCCUGUUUAUUGAUACAGAGAUCUAGAGAAGCUGCUAAUGUUAGAUUUUUAAAAAUUGUCCUUGUAAUGGCAGUAUAAGUUGAGAAACAUUUUUUUUAAUUUCAUUUUUCUUUUCAUUUGCAUAUAAAAUAUCUAACAAAAUGUCUAAAUUAGUAAAGAAAUAAAAAUAAAAUUAUUUCGGAUUUGAGGGGUAUAAGUAUCCAGUAAUUGCAAUCUUUUUUUUUAAUAACUGCUUUAAAAUUUGAUGUUCACCAAAUGUAUGUACAACCAAGAAUUUGUCAUGGAAAGAGUACAUUUUCUCAAUCUCUUGAAAGACAUUCUUAUUAUGUUUACCUAGUGGUACAAUAUAACCUUAUGGUAGUCUCAAUAAACCUUGCGAAAGAAACAAGUUUCUACCAAGCUUGUAUAUAAUUUCUUUUUUCAUAGAAUUUUUAAUUUUUCUUUGUACAUAAUUUUCUUUCAUAACUUAAAAUGUUGUACUGAUAAGUAAUGUUGAGUCAUUACUUAACCCUCCAGGAGGAAAUGUUGAUAUCACAAUGUUAGAUCACACCUACUUACACCUUUAUCCCAAAAUAUUUUUGUCUGAAGGAAAAUUUCUAUCAGAAGAUAAGUCAUGCUUGGACACAGAAUGAUAAAAGUAUUGGAUGGAUGUUUUGCCUAAAUGAAGAUGUUUUUUAGAUUUAAGUCAUUCUUGUAUCUUGAAUGAUGGAGGAUAGAAUGUUUUGUGUGACAAAAAUGAAAUUUGAAAACUUUCAGUAGAGGAAUAAAUUGUUCUAUUGAAACAAAA